GAAUCCGCACCUGCUUCCCAACUAUCCGCCAAGGCACAGAUUCCGCACUCGUGAGGUCUUCAGACAAAAAAAUCCAACGUUUCAGCACAAAUCUAAAAUCCGAUCUUGUCUCAGCCCCAUUACUCGAACACGUCAACCUCUGAAGAUGGAUAUCAACAGCCAAGAUGCAAGCACUGCUCGAGAUGAAGUCCCAAACAGCGAAGACGGGGCAGAUGACAACGCGUUCAUAGGCAGCCACAACAGCCAAGAUCGACCAACUCGGAAUGGGGAAGGUGGAAGCGGGGACGGUUACCUCACGCACAGUCAACAGGAGAAGGUGGCGCGCCAGAGAGAAACCGAUGAUCAGAUCUGCGGCACCUUCGUGAUAAUGUUUAUUUACCGAUCUAUCAUAUCGCUCCAGGGUAUAAUUCGGUGUAUCGGCAUGGCUGGGGGGGAACUGGAUGACACCGAGAGACACGCCGUCGGGGACAGAGUCAUUACAUCUACCAGGGCACUACGCGGAUAUAUCAGGGGCGGGCUGGUGAGACCAGUAGGGGACAACGAGGUGUGGGAGCGCGAGGUCGGUGGUGGCGACCUAAUCCGUCACUUAAUGGCGGCAGCAUGGCGGAUUGGGAUGGCGAUGGAGGCUGCGGGCAGGCAGGUUGAAGAUGUGGAAUGCCGGGUGAUUGUCAUGCAGCUUGAGCGCGCGUUUGAUGAGGCGUUCGUGCUUCUCCGGGAUGCGUUUGAGUAACGCCGGGAUAGACCCUGCUUGGCAUUACGGAUGCGGCUCGGCGGCAGAUCAACAUAGGACGACAUGGCUAGCGGCUGCAAGCAGAUAAUCAAAUUGAAAACUACAAUUUACGGGUUCUAACGCGAUGACAAGCAGUAGCAAUACAUACCGUGUUUGAUGUAACGGGAGGGACAAGAAUUAAGGGAGCAAGGGGAGCAAUACAUACUUUGAGUUUACGCCACAUCACGUUGCGCCACAUACAUCCCUGACCUUCUUGAGCCAGUCGGGAUCCUUCUCUUCUUCCGCUUUUCGUUUGAACUCCUCCCACUUCUCCUUCUCCUCCUUAAUCUUUUCGUAGGCAUCUGCGCGACGACCGGACUGGAGUAAGUAUGCCUCGGCGGCAUCGAUGCACCUCUCUGUGGCAUAGUUAUGGCGAUCAUGUCGUGAAGCAAUCCGUUGCUCAAGAAAAGCAAUCCUCUCCUGCACCCGCACCCUCUCAUCCUCUACGUUUGCCAUGUCUUCGUUGGCCUCGUGCGUUAUCCAUGCCUCUCUUGUGAGCUUAGUAUCUGCAAGGACCGUAGGCAUGUUGUUCAACCCGUGUACGCUAAGCCCAGCCAGCUUCCCGUUAAAUCCGCCUCCCCAGUCGGUGUACGAGCAGGCCAGUCGUGAUAUGACUGCCUCGGAAAGGCCGGCGAGAGUUGGGUCUACGACCCGCGCAACGACAUAUCCCUGAAUGGCAUAUCUGUUGCCAAACAGGUAGCGUGCGGCUGCCUCGAAGAGGUUCAUGAUCGAGUUGCUGUUGGUGUGCUUUUGGUGGUCCUGGAUGCGCUUGAGGGGGGUGAUGCUGAAACCGACUUCGGAUAUCCCGCAUGGGAUUGGGGUGUCCAUGUCAUCGUCGGAUUGGGCGUAUGCGGUAGCGGGGACUCGAGAUGGGGCGUCAGCGUCAGCGUCAGCAUCAGAAUGGGCUUCGACUUUGACGUCGACUUCGGAUCCAGCAGGUUCAGCUUCGACCUUAAUGUCGGCUUCGGAUCCAGCUGAGUCUUGGGCAUCGGCGCCUUUAGGUAUCCCGAGCCUCUUCUCCAUCCCUUUAAUGAAUGCAGCUUGAACCCGCUUUGUUUCUGGCUUAUGCGCAUACCUCCAUUCCUUCCGGCUCCCGCCAAACUGCGCAUCUACCUGUUCUGCGAGGACUUCAGAGUCGUUCCCAAGGUAUUCUCUCAUUACGGCGAGUAUUUCGAUGAUAUCGGCUUUCGUAGGCGCGAUCCCGUUCUCGUCAACGAUGUAAUUGACGUACACACCCGGGACGUUGUCACCAAGGUUGAUGUAGUCGUUGGUAAAGAAGGUAUCGAGCGUGGUGCGAGCCUCUUCGGGUAGAUUUCCGAGGGCGAGUCCUCUGAUCACGAGAAAAUUGACCUGCAUAAGAACCCUGAGGAUCGUUGAUUUGAAGGUGCGCGUUGUGGCGUCGUUGGCCUGACGCGUGUCGAACAUUUCAUCAUCGAUUCGGGUAUCGUCGAAUGGUCCAGGGGUUAUCACCAAGGCCUCUACCAGAUCCGCCCGACAUCUCGGGGCCGAGUAGCGAUCUCCUUCAGAUUCUCGUAUGGAUGGCAUCGCGAUCGGUUGCGGG